CCAUUUCUUAUCUAGAAUGUACAACCAAAAAAGAGUGGCCUUUUAUAGCCUUCAAAACUCUGUUCCUCUCCUCUUAUGGCUUUCUCUACAACUCUUCCAAACCCCCAAGCUUUCUCUUGCUUCUCUUCUUUCCCUAAAACCACUAAAAGUAUCUCGUUUCGACGUCGAAUAUGUGUCAAAGCUGAAGCUGAUAGUACACAGAAACUCACAGAAACUAAAACUCAAGACAGUUCCAAUGACAAACCUCCCCCUAAAAAGCCCCCAAAGCCUGUCUAUUCAAUGAAAAAAGGCCAGAUUGUAAGGGUGGAGAAGGAGAAGUACCUUAAUAGCAUCAAUUAUCUAUCAGUUGGACAUCCACCAUACUACAAAGGGCUGGAUUACAUUUACGAGGACCGUGGAGAGAUCCUGGAUAUACGCUUUUUUGAGACAGGGGAAUAUGCACUUGUUUCUUGGGUUGGAAUACCAACAUCACCAGCUUGGCUUCCUACAGAUAUGCUUAUAAAGUCUGACAAACUUGAUUACGAGAGGAUGUGAUACAGAUAUUCAAGAACCAUCACAACAGUUACUUUCUUGAGGAGAAGAGUUCAUUUACCAAUCAGCGACAGUUAAAUUUUGAAAAAUGUAAUAUAUGACCCAAUAAAAAGGCUAUAAAUUUCAAGUUAAAGAGUGAAUUUCAUAAACUAUAGUCUGUACCUGCUUUGUGAUAUCAGUCUCAUAAAGAAAAGCUAAAUGGAGUACUUGUUCA